AUGUUCUUACCCAGCAAAGAGAAGCCGUUUUACUAUUGCUUAAAAGUUAUGCAAUAUAUGCAUUAUUAUCCAUUUGCUGAAGACUUGAAUGAUUUGGAAAAAUUUUGGAAAGUCGCACUUUUAAUUCGAAUAAUCACAUGCUUUCCUACAUUUGAAUGUUUGUUGCAUUUGAUAAUGUCCAUUAAAAACAAAAUCCCUAUUGAUUAUCCAGCUGACAUUGUAAUAAUUAUUUCCGGCUUCAACGCACUUAUAGUUUGUAACAUGUUUCAAAUUGUCAAUAAGGAUUAUUCCAAAUUAUUCUUUGAUUUACAUGAAAAUACAGAAUUCGGUGUGCCCCCGAGGAUGGCUUACACAAUAAAACAAUUACAAUGCUUGUCUUACGAAAAACAAAAUUUUUCAGUUUACUAUAUACCACCAUCAGCAAUGGUGAUGUUAAUAUUGUGGGAAGCCAAGCAAAUUAUUAUUUUAAAAAUGUGUCAUUUAAAACAACUUUUAAGAGAGGUUUUCACAAUCGAUAGUGAAGGUUUACGCAGACAACGCUUAAGGUUUUGUAUAAAGUAUCAUCAAGAAAUUUUAAGAGUUGCCAAAGACCUAAGUGAUAUUUAUAAAAAGGUGCUCUGGCAUACAUUCAUAUGUGGGGCACUAAUUGGUUGCAGCUUAUUUCAAACGUUUAGACACAAACCGGUAGGAUCCUUUCUCCUGCUUGUAGGUUAUAUUUGUGCCAUUUUCAUUAAUUGCACCGCUGGACAAAAUUUGGAAGAUGAGGUGAUACAAUGA